AUGGAGCCUACUCGCAAGGAAUAUGAUUUUGUUAUUAUUGGAGGAGGCACCGCAGGCCUUGUAGUGGCAGCAAGAUUGACUGAAAACCCAAGGUCGUCUGUUCUAGGGACUGAUCUGGACUGGGACUUCAUUACGGUACCACAGGAGAAUCUGAAUAAUAGACAAAUUGGCCAACCGCAAGGCCGUGUCCUAGGAGGUUCAAGUGCAGUGAAUGCUGAAGUUUUCGUACCUCCUUCCAAGGUCGGAUUCGAUGCUUGGGAGGCCCUCGGUAACCCUGGCUGGGGAUGGGAUGAUGUGGCGCCCUACUUCCGCAAAUUCCACACCCUUGUCCCUCCCGACGAAGCGGUUCAACAGCACUUAGGCCUUGACUGGAUGGACGAGUCCACUAGAGGCACUGGCCCCGUAAAGGCAAGCUUUUCCAGUGCUGUUGAAGACCCGCUUGGGAAGGCAUGGGUCGAAACCUUCAAGCAACUAGGCAUCAACUUCACUGGAAAUCCGUUUGGCGGCGGUGGAAUCGGUGGGUGGAGUGUUCCAGCUGCCAUCGACCCCGUUACAAAAACGCGUAGUUACGCGGCAAGUGCGUACUACGCGCCGGCAAGCUCCCGAAGCAACCUUGAAGUGAUCACACAUGCUACUGUGAGCAAGAUCAUACUUAAUAAUGCUAACGGUAUUACGACUACCGCACGUGGCGUCUCUUUCAAGACACAAAGCGGCAUCGAGCACGAAGUUAAGGCCAGUCGCGAGGUCAUUCUUGCAGCAGGUGCCUUCCAAUCACCCAAGAUCCUAGAGCUAUCCGGUAUUGGUGACGAGUCUUUGCUAAACAAAUUUGGCAUCACCACAAAAGUCAAUAACCCUAACGUGGGAGAGAAUCUCCAGGACCACAUUAUGACAGGCGUGAGCUUCGAAGCUGCCGAAGGCGUUAUGACAGGAGAUAUCCUCCUACGGCAGGAGCCGGAAUUGAUACAAGCUGCAAUGCAGAUGUAUCAAGAGCACAAAACCGGGCCUCUUGCUUCUGCUGCUCUUGUAUCGUACGCAUUCCUGCCAAUUAUGAACCAGAUUCUGGAGAAGCUAGAGCCACAGCUUCAGAGGUCCUUGGACGAGCUUGUUGAAAGACUAGAUGUUGCUUCUAUGUCCGAGUAUGAAAGACAAAACCUUGGCUAUAUCAAGUCUCUUCUACAAUCUGCUAACCCCGGAGAGUCGACCGGUUCUUUGUUCAUGCUGCCAGCUCAAGUUAAUCUGCACAACGGACCAAAGCAAGCCGGUAUGACGAAGGAUGUCAAGCCCGGGAACUACGUCAGCAUUGGUGCAUCCCUUCAAUACCCACUAUCCCGCGGUAAUACACACAUCUCAUCUUCUGACCCAUCCGCUCCGCCUGUCAUUGACCCUCGCUACCUCUCGCAUCCUUUGGAUAUAGAAAUGUACGCACGCCAUCUGAUGCUUAUCGAGAUAAUUGCCAAGACACCUCCCUUUUCUAAUUAUCUUAAACCGGGGGGCCGAAGGGCACAACCAGGAGAAGCCAAAGUGGACACGCUAGAAAAGGCCAAAGCGCAUAUCAGAGAGUCCGUCUUGACGGAUAACCACCUGGUCGGCACAUGUGCUAUGUUGCCACGAGAGAAAGGCGGCGUCGUUGAUGAUCGGCUCAGAGUGUACAGUGUUAAGGGGUUGAGGAUCGUUGACUCAAGCAUCAUGCCCCUCAUUCCUCGCGCUAACGUGCAAACUUCCGUUUAUACAGUUGCUGAGAAGGCGGCUGAUAUAAUCAAGGAGGACCACGGUCUGCUCUCUAACAAGGUAGCUUGA